AGAGUGAAGGAUUGAAGUACGUAGUCUGUGAUUAGUGUGACGGUGACGACAAAACGAGAAAUGGAAAUCUGUAGAAAGACGGAAAAUUAAUUAAUUUUAAUCAUGACAAACAGAGCAAGUUUUAAAGGACCACGAAUGAAUUUCAAAGAUCCAAAUGAACCCUUGGAACCAAAAGGUAACAAACCAAUACGUGAAGCCUCAUCUGUAUUAGAAGUUUUAGUGUUAAUGAUUGUGCACCUUUGCAAAAAGAUACUAUUCUUCGACACGAAUUUAAAAAUAGCUCUUUAUUUGGGAACUCUCUUCCUACUUUCACUGGUCGCAGAUGUUUUAACCUUUCCUAAAAUAUAUUUUUCGAGAAGUGACAACCUAUUUAACCAAUAUUUUGUGAAGAUUGGAUGGUUUUGGACCCUAUUUCUGACAGUGCCUUAUGUAUUGCUAACUUCCUACACUACAUGCUGUGGAAACCAACGAAUUAUACUUACCAAACAUUUACCACGGAUCUUAAUUGCUACUGUAGCAUGGUAUACAUGGACCACAGUCUUUAAUAUAAUUGAGAGUAAGUAUGGCAGAUGCAAUGCACGAAAUUACGAUACAAAAAUAUUGUGUCUUAAAAAUGGUCAUUUCUGGAAUGGGUUUGAUAUAUCAGGGCACUGUUUCAUACUCAUAUAUUCAAGCUUGAUAUUAAUAGAAGAGGCAAGAGCAAUCAAUGGAUGGGAACGAAUAAAGGAUUAUAUCAGAGAUGAACAAUUCUCCCGAAGUGUUGGGGACAAAGCACCUAGUACAAAUCCACUAAAGAAUAUUUCACAAGCAGAAUUAGCAAUACUGAAAAAAUCAUAUGAUGCUUAUACACCUUAUGUAAGACUAUUGCUUAUUGCAAUUACAGCUCUGCAAAUUUUGUGGGAUGUCAUGCUUGUAUCAACAAUAAUGUACUAUCAUAUAAUGGUUGAAAAGUUUGUCAGUGGAGUAAUAGCCAUAUUGACAUGGUUUGUUACAUAUAGAGUAUGGUACACAAUACCUCAUUUACUACCAGAUUUGCCAGGAGACGCAGUAUUUAAAUAUAAUAAGGCUAAGCCUGCACCACCCACUGCACCAAUCAAAAAAAGGCUGAGUACCACUAAUGGAAAGCAUUUCAUGGGAAUGCCAAUAAAUAAUAGAAGUCAAGAAGCGGAAGUCACAAAUGAGGAUUCUAGAUAAGUUAUAAAAGUCUAAAAUCAUGUAUCUAUAUGGGAGGGAUUAAUUUAUUAUUAUGUAGAUAAAGGUGUGGUUUUGUUUUGUAUUUUUUGCAAUAAAUCUGUCUAAUAUUUCUUAUUACAAA